AUGGAUGCGGCCUUUGAAGACUCGAAGAGGGCAGAGAAGAAGCCCAGCUUCUCCCGCCUGCUGCAGAAGAGUUCGCACAUUUGGGGCCGCACCACGACGGUCAGGUGCCUGCCUUUGAACUCGCUCUCGGGCAUCGGCGGGCCUUGCAUGGAGUGUGUGCGGCUGUUUGUGGGCGGCACCUACGGAGGAGGCGUGAUCGUUCCUGCGAUGGACUACUCCCAGAUCAACAAGACCCAGUGGCAGCCUGAUGAGUGCCUCCGUCUUCGUGUUUUUGGCCAGCCACCGGUGGGUGAUGACAUCGCCUACACGGAGACAGGUGGAGGCAGCAUGCCCGGCCAUGAGCAGCGGAUGACCACCUUCUGCCGCGUGGCAAGCUUCCCCGGCCUUGGCUGA